GUAUGUUAGCUUAUCAUCCUGUCACUCAAGGCAUGCGCUGUCACUUUAGGAAUUUUGCGUAACUCCAGCGUGAAUCUCGCGCUAUCCGUCGUGAUGCUCAGCCGAGUUAACAGCGCUGCUAGUCGUUGGUCUUUACGCAAAUCGCGUUUGUGAAUAGCCGGGACGUAGCGUGUAGGAGUCUUGUGGCUGGUUCGCUCCUGUUUCAGUGGGCCACACGAGGAAGGUAAAUAAAGACAGGACGGUCCCCAGCGCAGCUUUUAUCCGUCAGGUUCCGACAAUAAACGGCCUGUUAACCUCAGCUGUCUUUUUAGGGCCUGCUAAACACCAUUACUCUCGGGAUAAAAGGAGAAAAAGAGAGGAGAAGAGAAGUGACAACAUCGCCUGUGCAGAUCUCUCAAGGUGUUUGUUUGAUCCAGCUUGACCGCGUGUUGCCAUGGCGAUGCGGGAGUUAGUGGAGGCGGAAUGUGGGGGAGCCAAUCCCCUCAUGAAACUGACUGGUCACAUGACCCAAGAGGGAGGGGCUUGGAGACAUCGAUCAACACCCUCUAUUCCUCCUAUUCCAAUUGAAACAAUCACUGAAGAGGAGCUGGUCAGUGAGUUUCUACAGGUCCCACAACAUCCUCCCUCCAGUUUUUAUAUGGGUCAGCUGCUGGAGGAAAUGCAGCAGCUAGAUCAGCAGAGCUACAGACCAGCUCCACAGAGAGCUCCAGACGUGGCUGCUUUGGCGCUGUCUGGCAAUUGGGAGGCAGAGUUCCUGUCUAAUGUUGACUCUGCCUCUUCUUCUGGACAAGCUGGUCUGGAUCCAGCUGAUGCUGAUUGGACCAGAGAAUUCAUCAGUAAAGACCCUGGCUGCUGGGCAGAGGAGUACCUGAAGCACUCAGAGGAGAAGUUAUGGCAUGAAGAUUUGGGAGAAAUAGAACAGGACAAAGAAUGGACGCAAGAAUACCAGUCAGAUGAAGGACUUCGGCAAACAGCGAAUGAACUCCUUGCCAAAGUGGAUGACCCUAAACUACAGAAGACAGAGUUCCUGCGGUUCAUUAGGCAGAUUGGCGAGGGCAGUGUGACUGUGGAGGACAGAGCAGGAAAAGAGAACACUGAUAGAGCACAGGCCAAGGAGGCACAGCACUGGGCCUCCAGCAUUAACCAGGUUUCUGCAGAAUCUGCAGAAUUUUGGGUAGAUGAGUUCACAGCUUAUGGGCCAGACUUCCAGCAGGCCAAAGCAGCGGUCGAGAGUGAUGUUGAUUUCUGGGAGAAACUCCAGCAGGAGUGGGAGGAAAUGGCGAAGAGGGAUGCUGAAGCUCACCCGUGGCUCUCAGACUUCGACCAGAUGCUCAGUAGCUCUUACGACAAGGGGUAUCAGUUUGAAGAAGACAACCCCUACCUGUCCCACGAUGAUGCGUUUGCUGAGGGUGUGAAGAGGAUGGAGGCGGGGGACAUUCCUGGAGCCGUACGUCUCUUUGAGAGCGCAGUUCAGAGAGAGCCAGACAACCAGCUGGCUUGGCAAUAUCUGGGCACCUGCCAGGCUGAGAACGAGCAAGAGUUUGCUGCUAUCAGCGCACUCCGCAGAUGUAUCGAGCUGAAAAAGGACAAUCUGACGGCUCUCAUGGCUCUAGCUGUGAGCUUCACCAAUGAGUCACUGCACAGACAGGCCUGCGAGACGCUUCGUGAUUGGUUGAGACACAACCCUAAAUACCAGCAUAUCCUCGAGCAGCAUGAACGAGAGAAGGAGCGGGAGGGUGUGAGGGAGAGGGAGAAAGAGAGGGAGAGAUUUGGAUCCCUUCUUCCAGAGGCACUGUUUAAUGAAGUGCAGAUGUUGUUUUUGAGUGCAGCGGGUGCUGACCCCACAUGGGUGGACCCUGAGCUGCAGUGUGGUCUGGGCGUUCUCUUCAACCUGAGUGGAGAGUAUGACAAGGCUGUGGACUGCUUCAAUGCCGCCCUGUCUGUGAUGCCACAGGAUUAUCUGCUGUGGAACAAGUUGGGAGCAACUCUUGCUAACGGGAACCGCUCAGAGGAGGCGGUCGCUGCCUACAGGCGCGCACUGGAGCUACAGCCUGGAUUUGUACGUAGCCGAUAUAACCUUGGCAUCAGCUGUGUCAACCUGGGUGCACACAGGGAGGCAAUAGAGCACUUCCUAGAGGCCCUUUCUCUGCAGCGACAGGCCGCAGGUGAUGGAGAGGGAGGUGCGGGUCGAGGGCGAGGUGCAGCAGUGACUGUGAUGUCAGACAACAUCUGGUCUACAUUACGCAUGGCACUGAGCAUGAUGGGAGAAAGCUCGCUUUAUUCAGCAGCCGACCGGCGAGAUCUGGACACUCUGCUGGCACACUUCUGCCAGAGAGAAGGAGAGACAGAAUGAAGGAGAUGAAGGUGCGCAGCAAGAUAGAAUGUGAGUGUGGAGAAGCCUGUUUUGGACAGAAAACAACACGAGUGAAGGUGUACGUUUCAACAAAGCGGCAAGACUUUUAGAGGUGCUACAAUGUGAGCAAAAUAAAUAAAGAGAACAAAACAAGUGUGAAACAUCCAUUUAGCUCCAGCACUACGUUAACGGACAGAUGGAUGAACUGAUGACUGUACUUGAGAAAAAGAUGUUAAAAAGUCCAUGGUACAAACUCGCUCCGGUUUUUGUCAAGUUUACGCUCACAGAGAUUAUAAUUUUUCCAUUUUGUUAAUCUUGAAGAUUACGGUUCUUUCCAUUGUCUUUAUCAAAAUUGCUGUCAUAUAUUUCAAAUGGGGAAAGUAAGGUCCCUGCACUGUGAGCUCAAAAUACUUGCCACUGUUUGACACAGAGACGAGGUAUGUGGAGAUAUAAUUGUGGUCUACAUCACUUUGGAUCCUGUACAAAGUAACAGAAGGGAUUUGCAAAACCUUAAAGUAAUAUUGGCGACUUCAUUCAUGAGUGACAGUAGGGCUGUAUACUGAAAGACACGUCUGUAAGAACUAUUUCUUAUUGGAUAUUUGCUUUUGCUGUAAAUUAAUUUACUUGUAAAUUCUACAUGCCAUAUUGUAUAUUGUAUCAUAAUUAUUAGUGUUUUGCAUAUAGCCAAUUCAAAUAGCUAUUAUGAUCUAUGUAAUUCAAGCAAUAAAGCUUUGAC